AUGGCUCUUCUGGUCUCGGAGUUUGCAAUGAAGGAUUUAGGUCAUUUUAAUUAUUUUCUUGGCAUUGUUGUCACCCGUCACAAGGGUGGUAUGUUCCUUUCGCAACGUAAGUAUGCGGAGGAGAUUAUCGAUCGUGCUGACAUGUCCUCUUGUAAGCCUUCCUUCACUCCCGUUGAUACUAAACCGAAAGUCCGUAAGGACUCUGGUGCUCCAUUUGAUGACCCGAGUCACUACCGCAGCCUUGCGGGUGCACUUCAGUACCUCACUUUCACACGGCCAGAUAUUUCUCAAUUAUGCGGUUCAACAGGAAAUCCAGUGCAACAUCAGCGCACCAAACAUAUUGAAAUGGAUAUCCACUUUGUUGGUAAAAAAGUGGCACGAGGAGAAGUUCGUGUCCUACAUGUUCCGUCCUGUUAUCAGAUUGCUGAUAUUUUUACUAAGGGGUUGCCUCAAAUGUUAUUUGAAGAUUUUCGGGACAGUCUCAGCGUUCGGAAGCCUCCCGUUUCGACUGCGGGGGAGUGUUAG